AAUGGCGACGACCAUGCGGGCGGCUGCGCGCUCCGCGAGAUUCGCGAAAUUCCUCGCAAAUCGAGCGAUUUGGGCCCAGAGUCGACGCAAUUAUCUCUCAGCACAGUACCUUUGUGAAAAAGAGUGGAAUGAGUCGAGAAAGGGCGAUCCUCUCUUGCAAAACGUCAAUAUCGAAGGCUCGUUCGUGAAUCUGCUCAGGAAGAUAGCAAACAAAGCAGAGACUCACGUUGCUCUGGAUUUUGACAUUUUCGUGAACUCCAUCGAAGCCGCAAAGGUUCUGGAUGAACUGGACAAUUCAUUGAGCAGAUUCCGUCGAUCUAAACAUACAGUAAACGUUCUACCGUCUUCGAUCACCGCCGUAGUUCGAUACUGUUUGAAAAAUGGCUUUGAAGAUAAGCUCAUCGAUUUCCUGGAAGACCGCCAUAACUAUGGAAUCUUCCCUGACACGCAAACGAUCAACAUCAUGCUCGACCAUUUCCUGACCCGGAACAUGCUUCGGAGUGCUGCCAAAGUCGCGGUACACAUGGCCCUGCAAGAAGAUGAGGGAAAUCAGAUCUCGAAAACUCUUUCUCUGAUAGCUUGCGCGAGAUACCUGUCCGCUGGCUCGAAAGCCGCUCCGUGGAAGAAAGAGGAGCCCGCGCCCGAAGCAGCCGAAGAUGACGACGAUGACGAGAUCCAGUACGUGCGCGUACCGAACAUCACCAACCCGUGGUUCGACGAUCACUUCGAUCUGACCGACCCGAACGAUCUCCUCGGGAAGACUCUGAUAUUUUUCGGACGGGUUUCGGAAGGGGCCGUGCGCGACUCAGCGAUAUUGAUCGGCAUGGCGCGACGACAGAAAUGGGACGACUUCAGGAAGGAAUUGAGAACAGUUACUGAAAUCUCGUCAGACACCAAGAGUCUUUGUCUGGAUAGAAUAAGCGCUCAAGCAGAAGCAGCGGAGGAGGUCUCAUCAGAGGAGAAAUCCGACGAAGCUGAAGCAACCCCCGAAGACGGACAGAAGACUACAGAGGGAGCGGCCGCUGUCGGGAGCGCAGUUCCUGAAUGGGUUAAAGCAGAACUCUCUAAGAUUAAGACCAACAAAGCGACGUUGACAGAAUUGCUCGAGAAAGAUGUUCCGAAGCUCGGAAGCGUUGAAGAAGCCGAUAUACAGACUCUGAGAGAAUCUAUCCGCUCAUAUCCGGAGCGGAGAAGAUCAGAGAAGUCCGACAGAGACUGGAAGAUCGAAAGGGACACGCGGUUCGAGGCCCUCAAGAAAAGGAAGGAAGAGCUCUUGAAGAAAGAAGAACUUCUGUAUGCGUUUGAGAACUGGAACAAAAUAGAAAUGAUCCUCACGGAGGUCCAGGCGGCACGAGGAGAAACCAAGAAGACUGAGGAGGAAUACAUCCCACCGGAAGUCAAGGCUCGAUUCCCGAACAGAGAUCGAACCUCAAAGGUUCGAGGCUGAACGAGCGAACGCACAGAGAAUCCUCUC